AUGGAGAAUGAAGAGCGGACAAGUUUCACGUUUGAGAUAGAUAACUUCUCCGAGAAAGGAACUGCGAUAUCAUCACCAACAUUCUCAAGCGGCAGCUGCGAAUGGUUAAUUGUGGUUUCUACCAGAGUUGAUAGUGCUUGUGAAAGCUUGUGUCUGGACCUCGGUGUUGCAUAUCCUGAAUCAUUGAGACUUGGAUGGAAAAGACGAGCUAGGUUUUCGUUUUCACUAUUGAAUCAAUCAUGCAAAGAGCUCCAGAGAACAUCUGAAUCAUGCAGCUUGUUCUUUGCUCAGAAAUCAAGAUGGGGUUGGAGUUUCCCUCUUGAACAGAUUCAAGCAAAUGGGGUUUUGGAGAAGAACAAACUGAGAGUUAAAGUGGAAGUAAAAGUAGUUGAAGUUGUUGAUGAAGGAGUUGUCACUGGUAAUGAGACAUUUGAUUUUCAUGGUUUCCAAGUUCUUUGUUCUCAGGCUGCUUCAGUGAGCCAGCAUUUCAGGAAUUACCCGGAUUUCGCAGUGAAUGUCAGAACAAAGAACCAACUGGUGAAGACAACAUACAUGAAUAUCCUCCUCGGUCUCAUCGAGACACUGAACAAGCCUCCAGAUAGCUUAUCUGAGACUGAGCUAAACAACGCUCUUAGCGAGUUGCUCGAGCUAACAGAAGCAGGCUUCAAGCUAAAUUGGUUGAUGAAAAAGCUUAUUGAGGUUUCCUUGGAGUGGACGAAAGAAAAUGGUGAUGUGUGUCGAGUCCAAGUACUUAGGGAACACAUCAAGAAUCUCGAAGUUGAAAUGGAAAAGGAGAAGGCCAAGUAUGACAAGAAAUAUUGGUCGUUGCGUGGGCUCCUAUGGGAGCUGGAUGAUGAGCUGCGUGAUGAGCAGAUAAAAACCGAUACUGAAUUCUUGCGCAAGGCUGCUAAAGACUUGCGAGAGGCUGUUGUUCACUCUUGGAAUGAAUUGAAAGCAAGACUCAGAUUUGCUGAUCUUCGUAAUGAAAAAAUAGAGUAA